AUGCGCCAGUUAUUGAUCGGUGUAAAGUUCUUGCACGACAACAAGGUGGUGCAUAGGGAUUUGAAACCUGAUAACAUCUUCAUCAACACAAAAGGGGAGCUCAAGAUUUGUGAUUUUGGUCUGUCGCUGUGGAUCCAUGUGGCGGUAGCGGCCAACAACCCUUGCGCCGGGACGGUUUGGUAUAUAGCACCUGAGCUGCCUGAGCUGCUGGGUUCGAAUCGCCCGCCCACACAGGUGUAUCCGGAGGCAGUGGAUAUGUGGUCCCUUGGGUGCGUGAUGGCGGAGAUGCUGUUGAAGGAUGGCGCCUAUUGGUCGGACGAAGUGGCACCGAUGGUAUAUAAGAUUGCUGCGAAAGGCGGCGGCUCUGAUAGGCUCCGGAGACAGUUCCCCGGAGCGGCGAUCAGCGCAGCAGGAUUCGAUUUGCUGGAGAGGCUGUUGCGUCGGGAUCCCAAGUAUAGGAUCACAGCUGAGUGUGCGUUGUGUCACCCAUGGUUUGAGGAGUCUCUUGCUUCAGAAUUUGGGGUUCAUCCCCCUUGGAUCCGCCAGUUGCGCAUAGUGAAGAGACAAAGGUAA